GUGAAUAAAAUUGUCAACCGCUAUGAAUGAAUUUAUCAUAGCAAUUUAUCGAUUGGUGAUUGGAACUGUGAAGUAUUUCUUAAAGAAUCGGAUCAUAAAAGUAUGGCCCACUUCUCUCAGACCAAUUGUGCAAGUGCGUCAAGGUCAGUUGCGUGGAAUAACGACGACCUUACCAAACGGAAGACCGUAUCAUUAUUUCAAAGGAAUUCCCUACGCUAAACCGCCUGUAGGAGACCUUAGAUUCAAACCACCUGUAGCAAUCGAUAAAUUUUAUACCUCCGUUGUUGAUUGUGCUGUAGAUAGAGAAGAGUUCAUACAAGCCAACAUGUACAUUCCGUUUAUAAUCAGAGGUUCAGAAAAAGCUCUGUAUCUGAACGUGUUCACCCCGAAAUUACCGGAUAAGUUCAACAGCAAUCCACAACUGCCGGUAAUGAUUUUCAUCCAUGGAGGAGGCUACAUUUAUGGAUCAGCGCUGACCUUUAUGCACGAUCCCGUCCAUCUAGUGCAGGAAGGAGUAAUUGUAGUGGUAAUGAAUUAUCGUCUUGGACCGUUUGGAUUUCUAAGUUUACCGAGCAUGGGAGUUGCUGGAAAUGCUGGAUUGAAAGAUCAGGCGAUGGCAUUCAAGUGGGUGAAAGAAAAUAUCAAUCUGUUUGGUGGUGAUCCCGGAAAUGUCACUAUUUACGGUAAUAGUGCUGGUAGCUGGUCAACGUAUUUGCAUUAUCUGUCGGUGAAUUCCAGAAAAUAUUUCAACCGUGCGAUUUGUCAGAGUGGAAUUGUGUGUACGAAAUCAUUUUUUCAAACAGAUCCGGAGCAAAAAGCUCGCAAGCUGGCAAAGAUUCUUGGCUACAAGGGAAAUUGUGAUCAAGGUGUUUACGAUACACUUAUGAAGGCACCAGCUCACUUGCUAGUAAAACAUCAACACGACGUUGCUAAUGAAGAUGAGAAAAAAUUAUCCAUGAAUUUUUUGUUCCGACCGGUCAUUGAACAAAUCGAGACGGAAGAUAGCAUAAUCACUACCACCCCAGAAGAGCUACUGAAGCAAUUCGAUACAAUUCAAACGCCGCUGAUCACUGGCUGUACCGACAGUGAGGGUAUUUUGCCAAUUCUAUUAAUACGUCGAAAAAACCAAACUAAAGCUUUCAGAAGAGAGCCAGAGCGGCUUGUGCCAUGUUUUCUACGAGAUGACCCAGCAUUGGAUUUGGCCGAGGUUGGAAAGCAAAUCAGACACUUUUAUUUUGGAUCCCGCUAACUCAACAAACACACUAAGCAAAGAAUGUGUGACCUAAUGUCCGAUAACGCAUUUAUUACGACCACGUUGAUUAAUGCAGAAUUGCUGGCUAAAUUUCAGCCCAGAGUGCAACACUUCCAUUAUCG